GUUGGAGACGAUUACAUGUACAAGUUCCGGGGGCAGUUAACUAAACUCGUAUUUGAAAGACUCCAAGACACAAGAGGGCGCUGUGGCGACAUUGGUUAUUUAUUCACGGAAAGGAAGAUGGCGGACUCCGAGGAAACAAAAACGGGCCCUUGUACAUUUCUGUUCAAAAAAUCUACCAAAAAGUUCUCUGGACGAAAGAGAAAAGCAAGCGACAGCGAUAAAGAUGACAACAGUGAUGAGGACCAAAGCUCUGUGGUCAGGAGAGGCAAGAAGGACACUCGGGUGAACCCCAUGAUUCAAAAGACAAAGAAGGUGGAGAGAGAUGCUGUAUCUUCCAGUGAAAGUGAAGAUGAGAAAGAAGAAAAGAAGAUUACUGUGUCCUACAAGUCCACACGGUCAGCAAAACCCGAGGGCCCUGAGGACAUGGGUGCAACUGCUACAUAUCAGCUGGACACAGAGAGGGACAACGACGCUCAGGCUAUCUUUGAGAGGAGCCAGAAAAUCCAAGAGGAGUUGACGGGUAAAGAAGACGAUAAAAUCUACCGUGGGAUCAACAACUACCAAAAGUUCAUCAAGCCAAAAGAUACCACCAUGGGCAAUGCCUCCUCUGGCAUGGUCAGAAAAGGACCAAUCCGAGCCCCUGAACACCUGAGGGCCACAGUCAGGUGGGACUACCAGCCGGACAUCUGCAAAGACUAUAAGGAGACUGGUUUCUGUGGUUUUGGAGACAGCUGCAAGUUCCUCCAUGACAGAUCGGACUACAAGCACGGCUGGCAGAUUGAGAGGGAGCUGGAAGAGGGCAGAUAUGGAGCCAAUAAUGAUGAGAACUACGAGGUGAGCAGUGACGAGGAGGAUUUGCCCUUCAAGUGUUUCAUCUGCAGGGAAUCCUUCAAGAAUCCCAUCAUCACAAAGUGCAGGCACUACUUCUGUGAGGCCUGUGCUCUCCAGCAUUACCGCAGGUCCAAGCGUUGCUAUGUGUGCAACACUCAAACCAACGGCGUCUUCAACCCUGCUAAGGAGUUGAUAGCAAAGAUGGAGAAACAUCAAGCUGCAGCAGAUCAACCACCAGACGAGGAAGAUUAACAACAUCUGAAUGCUUUCCACCCUUCCUUUGUGUUUGUCUGUGUAAAUUUGUAUUAAAACCGCUUUUUCUAGAGUCAA